GCACGGUGGGCGUGGCCAGCACCGUCUCCCGCCCCAGCAGUUGCCGGUCGCUUCCGGUGUUUGGCUGAAAGCUGCGCUCUAUCUCCCAGGUUGCCUCUCUGUGGUGGUUGCGGCCCUGACUCCCGGGUUAGACAGCACAGAGUUACACAGUGCCAAGCCGGCAGGAGUGAGGGGACCAUGUCCUCGGGCCGCCAGUCUCAGCAACUCCCCGGGCCAGGCGGCGGGACGGGCCCUUCAUCCUCCACCUCUUCAUCCUCUGCCCCGUCUUCCUCCUCCUCCCCGGGGCCACCGCGGUCCAGCCUGAGUGGGGCCCCGGGGCUGUCUCGCCUGGGGCUGGGAGGCAGCGGCUCGGCGCUGACGGGGAGGGCCGCUAGCUCCGGGGCCAGGAAAAGGCCUCUGUCCACUCCACUGUGUAACGGCCUCAUCAACUCCUAUGAGGACAAGAGCAACGACUUCGUGUGUCCCAUCUGUUUUGAUAUGAUUGAAGAGGCGUAUAUGACAAAAUGUGGACACAGCUUUUGUUACAAAUGUAUCCAUCAAAGCUUAGAAGAUAAUAACCGUUGUCCAAAGUGUAAUUAUGUGGUUGAUAACAUUGAUCAUCUGUAUCCAAACUUCUUAGUAAAUGAAUUAAUCCUCAAGCAGAAGCAGAGGUUUGAUGACAAGCGUCUAAAGCUGGACCCUUCGAAUGGCCACAGGUGGCAAAUCUUUCAGGACCUCUUGGCUACUGACCAGGAUAACCUAGAUUUGGCCAAUGUGAAUCUGAUGCUUCAACUGCUGGUGCAGAAGAAAAGACAGCUGGAAGCCGAAUCACAUGCUGCUCAACUUCAGAUCCUUAUGGAAUUUCUCAAAGUAGCUCGUCGUAAUAAGAGAGAGCAACUGGAACAAAUCCAAAAAGAGCUGAGUGUACUGGAAGAGGAUAUUAAACGAGUUGAGGAGAUGAGUGGCUUAUACUCCCCUCGCAGUGAAGAUAGUACUGUGCCGCAGGUUGAACCUCCCUCUCCGUCAUACAGUAGCAUUAUAGACUCAACAGAGUACAGCCAACCACCUGGUUUCAGUGGAAAUGUUCAGCAGACAAAGAAACAGCCUUGGUACAAUAACACUCUGGCAUCUAGACGAAAACGUCUCACCGCACAUUUUGAAGAUUUAGAGCAGUGCUACUUUUCUACUCGGAUGGCCCGUGUUUCUGAUGACAGUCGGACAGUGAGCCAGCUGGAUGAAUUCCAGGAAUGUUUGUCAAAGUUCACCCGGUAUAAUUCUGUACGGCCACUUGCUACACUUUCAUACGCUAGUGAUCUCUAUAAUGGUUCCAGUAUUGUGUCCAGCAUAGAGUUCGAUAGAGACUGUGACUACUUUGCCAUUGCUGGUGUGACCAAAAAGAUAAAGGUGUAUGAGUAUGGCACAGUUAUCCAAGAUGCAGUGGACAUACACUAUCCUGAGAAUGAAAUGACCUGCAAUUCCAAAAUUAGCUGUAUUAGCUGGAGCAGUUACCACAAGAACCUCCUAGCAAGCAGUGAUUAUGAAGGAACGGUCAUCCUGUGGGAUGGUUUCACAGGGCAGAGGUCUAAAGUGUAUCAGGAGCAUGAAAAACGAUGUUGGAGUGUCGAUUUUAACCUCAUGGACCCCAAACUCUUGGCGUCUGGCUCAGAUGAUGCCAAAGUUAAGUUGUGGUCCACAAACCUGGAUAACUCCGUUGCAAGUAUUGAAGCCAAAGCUAAUGUAUGCUGUGUGAAAUUCAGCCCUUCCUCCCGCUAUCACCUGGCAUUCGGCUGUGCAGAUCACUGUGUCCACUACUAUGACCUUCGAAACACUAAACAGCCCAUUAUGGUGUUUAAAGGGCAUCGCAAAGCUGUGUCUUAUGCCAAAUUUGUGAACGGAGAUGAAAUAGUCUCUGCGUCAACAGAUAGUCAGCUGAAGCUUUGGAAUGUAUCAAGGCCUCAUUGCCUGCGUUCGUUUAAGGGUCACAUUAAUGAGAAAAAUUUUGUUGGCCUGGCAUCAAAUGGAGAUUAUAUUGCCUGUGGAAGUGAAAACAACUCCCUCUACCUUUAUUAUAAGGGCCUUUCUAAAACUUUGCUAACAUUCAAGUUUGACACUGUUAAGAGUGUUCUGGACAAGGACCGGAAAGAAGAUGAUACCAAUGAAUUUGUGAGUGCCGUGUGUUGGAGAGCACUCCCUGAUGGGGAGUCUAAUGUUCUCAUUGCUGCUAACAGCCAGGGCACAAUUAAGGUACUAGAGCUGGUAUGAGGAAUGGAGACCUAAUUAUCGAAAGAAAGGUGUUUGGAACUUUGUGUUUGUACAAAAUCACCACAUGUAGAAAACGCUAAACUCUUAACAGAGGAUCAGAAACUUUUUACCAUGCUUCUCUUCUGGGCUCUCAUAAAUCUGUGGGGUGAGAGCCGAAAUGGACAUAAAAGGAAGAUGGGCUAUAAAGAAAGAGGCAAACCUGUGGCUCUCAACAAUUCUUUCCCCACUACUGUGUACUUUAUAUCUUCUGGUGCUGCUUUUUACCUUCAUACUGGGGGAACAGUAUCUACUUCCUCUCUGCACACUGCAGUUCCUACCAGCACUGAGGAAUUCAUCUGAGGAGUUAAGACUGGCUUCAAUUUUUAUUUUAUUUUUUUGCUUUUCAUUAUAUAUGAGAAGCUACAAUACUGAAACAAGAUCACACAGAUUAAAUAAACUAAAACCUGAUUAAAAUAAAAAGAAAAUAUUUCUAAUGAUGCAGGUUGUUUUUUUGACAUUGGGAACAACUUGCACUCCUUGAACUGGAUUCAGCCUUACAAUAAAUGAAUUGAGGACAGGAUAUGUCGAUGAGAAGUGUAACACAAUGUGAUUCUUAACUAAUCUAGUUAGCCCUGGGCUCCUAUCAAAGGAGACUUUCUGGGCUUGUUUGUGAUUGAUUUUGUUGGAAAGCCUGUAAUAUGGUUUAAUUUUGCAGGUUGUCUUUGAAGUAUCAGAAUGUGGUGACCUUUACACAGGAUAGCUUUGGAAACAGGUGUCUAACUGGAAAUACCCCAAAAAUGAAAUAAAAUUAGUUCUUUCUU